GACAUCUUCUCUUUCAGUGCACCUGUGACCUCAAAAUUUCUCCAAGGUGUUAUGGCUGGGCCGCAAAUGAAUUGUCUUGAACCAUUCUAAGUCCUGAUAUGGCAGGGAGAAACCAGGGGUGCUGGGAUCGAUGGCACCAAACAGCCCAGAAGAGACUGCCAGUGCUAAGAUGGCUUCCCAGAUAUUCUCUGCAGUGGCUGCAGCUCGAUAUCAUUGCUGGACUCACUGUGGGGCUGACUGUUGUGCCACAAGCUCUUGCCUACGCUGAGGUGGCUGGCCUCCCAAUGCAGUAUGGCCUCUAUUCCUCCUUCAUGGGCUGCUUCAUCUAUUGUCUCUUGGGGACCGCGAAGGAUGUGACAUUGGGCCCUACGGCUAUCAUGUCGCUACUGGUUUCUUCCUAUGCAUUCCAUGACCCUGCUUAUGCCAUCCUGCUUACAUUCCUCUCAGGCUGCAUCCAGUUACUCAUGGGGCUCCUACAGCUUGGUUUCCUACUAGACUUCAUCUCAUAUCCUGUCAUUAAAGGGUUCACUUCAGCUGCUGCAGUCACCAUUGGCUUCAACCAGGUCAAGGCACUUCUUGGCUUGCAGAACAUCCCACGGCAGUUUUUCCUGCAGGUGUAUUACACCUUCUCCAGAAUUGGAGAGACAAGAGCAGGGGAUGCCAUUCUUGGACUCAUCUGCCUGAUCGUGCUUACAGGGCUGCAACAAAUGAAAAACCACAUCCCCAGGGAGUACUGGAUGGAAAGGUUAUCUGUCAGGAUCAGCCAGCUUAUUGUCUGGGCAAUAGCAACAGCCCGUAAUGCUCUGGUGGUUCUGUUUGCUGGUUUGGUGGCCUACUCCUUCCAAGUUACAGGCUCCCAGCCAUUCACCCUCACAGGGACAAUACCCCAAGGACUCCCCCCCUUCCAGCCACCACCAUUCUCUAAGGUGACACCCAAUGAGACAAUCCACUUUGGAGAGAUGGUGCAGGCAAUGGGAGCUGGCUUGGCUGUGGUGCCACUAAUGGGGCUACUGGAGACAGUUGCAAUCGCCAAGGCAUUUGCUUCUCAAAAUAACUACCAAAUUGACCCUGAUCAGGAGCUGUUAGCCAUGGGUUUCACUAAUCUCUUUGGAUCCUUCAUCUCAUCCUAUCCUGUCACAGGUAGCUUUGGCCGGACAGCAGUGAAUGCGCAGACAGGGGUGUGCACCCCUGCAGGGGGACUUAUCACAGGGACCCUGGUUUUGCUGUCUCUAGCUUUCCUUACUUCUCUCUUCUACUACAUUCCCAAGGCUGCUCUGGCAGCUGUCAUCAUUUGCGCCGUGGCUCCUAUGUUUGACGCUAGGAUCUUCCGUACAUUGUGGCAGGUUAAAAGGCUGGACCUGGUGCCCCUCUGUGUGACAUUCUUGCUGUGUUUCUGGAAAAUGCAAUAUGGCAUCAUGGCAGGUGUGCUGGUCUCAGCUAUUCUUCUGCUCUACCCCAUUGCCAGGCCACAUAUAAAGGUGUCUGAGCAUGAGACAGUACUCUUGCAGCCUUCCAGUGGCCUGUAUUUUCCAGCCAUUGAGUUCCUGCGUGACACUGUGUACAAACGAGCUCUAUCAGUGUCUCCACUGCGCACUGUCAUCCUGGACUGUACUCAUGUCACUAGUAUGGACUAUACAGUGGUUAUGGGGCUGUCAGAGCUACUUCAACAAUUCCAUCGCAGGAGAAUCUCUCUGAUCUUCGUCAACAUGCAGGCUCAUGUGCAUCAAGUCUUGCUGGCUGCUGAUCUGGAAGGAUUCUAUGUUUCCAGCCUGGAGGAUGCAGAGAAGAGUUGUGAAGAGGAGUCACGCAGAGCCAAUGAAGCUUUGUUUGAUGGCGGCAACAACGUACUGCCAACAUCUGGAAUCAUUCAGUGACAACAUGGAGCUAUUAAUGCCUAUGCAAGUUCCCAAACUAAGCAUGGAGAUGCGGUUCAGAUGCCAUAGUGAUUUGUAUUGUUAAUUUGUGCACUUUAAGGCAUUGUGCUGGAAUUCCGAAGCAGCUCAGCAGGUGGGAAAGUUCACUGCGGAGGAUGAAGAUUUCUUCAAGAAAUGAAGAUAAAGUUUAUUCAAAGACAACCUAAUGUUGCAGGUGCAACAGAAGCUGAGGUGCCAUUGUUCUGCGAUAGCAGUGCCUCCAGUUGGGAAACUUAUGGUUUCCUCUUGGUAUCUAUAAUUUAUUUCUAAAGUUCAUUGCACUCCAGUAACAUUGAGCUUUUCCACAUUCUCAUUUUCCUCGCUUGUGUGUUCCUGUUGCUUGGGAGGGGGAGAUAUUUCUGUUCUGCAUAUGUUUUACUCCCUUUAGUGGUCAAUUUGGUAUUACGUUGUCUUAUGUCCAGCAUAAAAACCUGUGGUUUAAAUGUGCAGGGACACAAAUAUAAAACAAUCUAGUAUUGAAUUAACCACUAGAGGGAGCAGAACAACAACAACAAAACUGAACCAAGAUAUGCACAAGAAAAAAGAGAAUGUGGAAAGACCAUUGUUAAGGGAACACUAAUUCAGAAAGGGAAUUAAGAGAAUAAAUGUAUUGUUUUUGAAAUAAUGUAAAUAAAGCAGGAUGAAUAAGAGAAAGAACAACUGUCUAGCUUUGGCAUUUUGCUGGGAAAGCUUUUGGUAGUAUUGUAUACUGACGUUGCAUAUUUUGUUUGGAGGUCAGCUAAAACCAAGUUACAUUUCCCUUUCCAAGUCAAUACAUCUGCUUCUUUCCAUACAUUACUUCUGUGCUACUCUGCUAUUGUUCACACACUUCUGCCAUUGUGCCACACCUAUGAAAUCUAUCCAGAUGGAGAGGUAUGCAAAAGAGUGUAUAUGGAAAGCAAUAUCCCUUGCUUUGUAUCGGGCAUUUUCAAAAUGUGACUGGAAGCACAGAAGUGUAUUUGGGAAAGGCAUAUCCCUUUCUCCCCACUAUAUAGCCAGCCUUGGAGCAGACCAGCAAAGCUGGAUAUGGUGCUUACUUCUCAACUGCAGAGGUUACCAUUAAAAGAAUAAUAACAUCA